CACAGUUUCCGCCUACCUAAUCCAAUCAGAAUGCUUUGAUUAGUUCGGGGCUACAGUGGAAGACACUUGACCCAGGUGACACGCAAGGGGAAGCAAGUGUUCUAACUACACAACAACGCCUGCGCUUAGAUGCCGCGCCGUGGGACUGAAGGAGCCGUGCAGGCCCACAAUCGUUUUCGGUUGAUUUCUUUUUCCUUGUCGAUGGCGUUUGUAAGUGAAAUUCUCUUGUAAACACCAUUAAGAGUUAUGUCCCCAUUAUCCAGGUGAAGGCGCUCCGUCGCUGGGUUUACCAUUCCUGUUUGCUGUUUAUGUUUGUUACCAGAGACAUUGACACUGAAGCAUGUGAUAAAAUACCAUCGCUUUACGACUCUAAAACAAGCAGCAAACUCGUUUCUGGGAGGUUCUGAGGUUUUCCACUUCAAAGAUGAGUGACCUCAGCGACAGUGACUCGCAGGAUGAUGAAACAUACAGAAUUAUAUCGAAUAAUGAGAAACUGCUGCAAGCUUCCCGCAAUGGUGAUAUUGAUGCGGUGAAAUUAUUAAUUGCAGAAUUGAAUGAUGGGAAAAUUGAGUUGGAUCUUAACUGUAAAGGUAUGAGAAGAUCAAACCGGGGCUGGUCACCAUUGCAUCUUUCUGCUUACUUUGGACACACAGCAGUUGUCAAACUACUUUUAGAGGCUGGUGCCAACUUUGAUAUCCAGAAUGACAUGGGGGACACUCCAUUACACCGAGCUGCCUACACUUCACGAGAGGAUGUUGUAAUGUUACUGCUGAGCCAUGGCGCCAACAUCUCCACUGUAAAUACAGAGGGUCACACUCCUAAGUCGUUAGCUUCAGCUCAAGUAAAGCAUUUAUUAGAAGCCUCAGAGAAAAGUGAUUCUCGAAGACUCGUCAAUGAAUUCAUGUCAUCGUCACUUCAUGGUCAGAUUGAUGACAUCAAGGGAAUUUUGAACCAAAACAAUGCUCCAGACAUCAAUUCUGUUGAUAAGUUCGGUAACACAGCCUUGCACUUAGCUGCACUUCGCAAUCACAAGCAAGUUGCCAUCCUUCUUCUCCAGUAUGGCAUCGACACAUCACUGAAGAACAACAAUGGUCAGCGUGCUGUUGAUUUAACCACUUCCCCCAACAUGAAACACCUGUUAAAUGUGCGACCAGUGCAAGACAUUCCAGUGCAGUCAGUCCGACAAGAAGGUCCUAUUCUUAAGAAAACCAGAUUUUUUGGUUUCAAAUCCCUCUGGAUGGUCUUAGAAAAGGGCAUUGUUUCUUAUUUCAGCAACAGAGGUGAUGCCAGCACUGGUGCUCGCAGGAAAGGCAUGAAGUAUUUGGACCAUGCAACAAUCGAGACAUUUGAAAAUUUGCCAGCUCAGUUCAAAAUUAAAUUUUCAGAUGGGACAUCACACACCUUGUCGAUUGGUCCACAGGCAAACAGUUUACUAAAACAGAUGUGGCUGGAUGCUUUUAAAGAACACAUUGAUUACACAAAUCAUUACAUGAACCAAGGCAUUUGUACAAGUGAUGAAGAGAAAGAUGAUUACAUUGGAAACCUACAAGAGUCACUAAUGUCUGUCCAUGCCCAUCAAGAAGUUCUGGAGCAACUCCUUUCAUCUGUAACAACACAACUCUCCAAAGAUAUAAAAGACCAAUCACCAACUCACAAAACUGACUUUUUGAUGUCUGUCUACCAAACAUUCCAUGAACUCCUCGGCACUUCUCGGGAAAUGUACACAGCCUUGGCCCACAGCAUGAAGUUACUGACAAAUCAAGAACUGGUAAGUGAAGUUUGAUGUAAAUAUGUACAG